GAAUUGUGUAAUUAAACUAUUGAAAGACGUGGAAAUACCGUUCUCACCGCAAUACUUGAUGCAGUAUACGUGCUGUUACCAACUAAGGUAGGGUGAUCGUCACGGUGCGCCCUUCGCAACCGGCAUCGCCAUGCGUCGGUAUUACAAAUCGCGGCCCAUUAAAACAUCGGUAGACCCCUUCCGUGCCCGCACUCCCCGCCGGUGAAGUUUUUCUGUCUAUUUCUAUUUCUUGUGCCGGGUUCACAUCUCUAUAGCUAAGUCUCUACUUGCUCCUAGAGCCCUUUAAUAUCCACCAUUACGCUAGCAGAGCAUCCAAAUCGUCUUGUCCCGGUCAUGACAGAUCUACAUGCAACGCAGCCCAACUUGAGGCCACAACUAGAUCAUGUAACUACCAAUGUCUCUACGCGAAGCUACAGGAGCAUACGUAGGCUUGAUACUCGCCUAAGCCAUUUCUCAGGACUCGUCCAGAGCAUCAGUAACCAGGACAUAGAAGCGAGAUACAAGGUAGAAGAGAAUGACAACAGGGUAGCAACGGACGAUACGCCAAAGCCAAGCAGCUUCCAAGGUUCUAAAGGAAGAACAAUCUUAUCAUGGGAGGUCAACGACAAAGAAAACCCUUACAACUGGUCGACGGGGCGGAAGGCUUUUGUCGUUGUGUCGUCAAUGGCCACUGUUGCUAAUAGCACAUUGGGUAGUUCGCUACCGAGCAUGGCCAUACCUUACAUGACGAAAGAAUGGGGAAUAACCGAUCAAACACAAUUCGUCUUGCCAAUAUCAACCUAUCUUCUAGGCUAUGUAUUUGGCCCGAUUUUCUGGGGACCACUGAGCGAACAUGUUGGACGUCGGAACAUCUCUAUAGGGUGUUUUAUUAUGUACACUAUUUGGACUCUAGCUUGUGCGCUCGCGCCGAACUGGCCGGCGAUGCUCGUGUUCCGAUUCUUCGUGGGGACAUGUGCUAGCGCACCGAUCGCAGUAGUCAGCGGGAUUCUGGCAGACUUAUUCAACGAUCCAAUUGUCCGCGGUCGAACGAUAGCAUGCUUCAUGGGUAUGACUGCCUUGGGGCCCAUAUUAGCCCCCAUCAUAUCCGGUUUCUGCUCGACAAGCAUCGGCUGGCGAUGGACUUUUUGGAUCGGCCUUAUUAUUGCCGGAGCAACAUUGACAACGGCAGUAUUUCUCCCCGAGACUUACGCGCCGAUUCUGCUCAGCCAACGAGCAGCGAAGAUGCGAAAAGAAAAACCCAAAGCCCAGGUUUACUCUGCGUCGGAACUCGAGCCGCAUGACAUCAAGCAGCUAUUCACCCGGGUCCUCACGCGGCCAAUCCGUAUGAUCUUGACAGAGCUUAUCGUGACAGCGUCGUGUCUCUAUCUCUCGUUGGUCUAUGCGAUUUUCUACAUGUCGUUUCAAGCGUUUCCGAUCAUAUUCCAGAAAGUCUACGGCUUGUCCCCGGGAGUCACCGGCUUAUGUUACCUACCCAUCGGCCUUGGUGCGGUUACUUCCAUCCCUAUAUUCUUCGCGUAUGACCAUGUGAUCAUUAAGGCCAAAGCCCGUGGCACGGCAUGGUCGAAAAAGGAAGAGUAUCGUCGAGUCCCCCUGGCCUGUCUAGGAGGUCCCUUAUUCGCCGUCGCCUUAUUUUGGCUUGGAUGGUCGUCGCGACCGGGCGUGCCGUUUGCCGUGCCCAUGAUAGCCGGUAUCCCUUUUGGCGCUGGUUACAUGUUGAUAUUCAUGGCACUGCUUAAUUACCUCACAGAUGCUUACGAGAUUUUCGCCGCGAGCGCCAAUGCGGCUGCUAGCUCUUGCCGUUCUGUAUUCGCAGUUGUUCUCCCACUCGCGACGACGCCGAUGUUUGCGCGAUUAGGGGUCAGCGGAGCUUGUAGUCUACUCGGAGGGCUAAGCCUGCUCAUGUCCGUCAUACCGUUUAUCUUUAUUUGGAAAGGCGAGGAUAUCCGAGCAAGAUCUAAGUUUUGCAUUGCACUUCGAGAACGGAAGCUUGAGAUGGAGAGGAAGAAUGAGGAAGAGAGGCAGAGGAAGGACGGAGAUGGUAGUAGUGGCGGUGUUGUGGAAGAAAAGGAGACUGAAGUCUGAGAGAUGCGCAAUUGAUCGCUGCAAUUGAUACCAGGUAUAAUGUGUGCUUAUGAAAAGUUAUUAAAUUAAUAGUAAUAGUUCAGCUAUUGCUGGUUAUUAAAAGGGAACUUGAUAUGAUCACACCGGACUUGGAAAAGUCGAACCCCUAGCUACCUCCUAUUAACCCCGCCUCUAAGUUUUGCCUUAGCGAAAUGAU